GUCAAGAGAACUUCUAUUUCCAAUAUCAAGCGUUCCAUCACCGAUAUGGACAUUGAUGUGAGCGUACAGAAGAAGAAACGACCUCGUUCCUACAACUCCCGCAUUUCGGCCGAGCAGAAACUGUGCAUUGACACCUUUGAACAUUGGUCUGAUCAGGACCAGGUUGAGUUUCUCUGCUGUCUUCUCUCCCGCAUGUCACAUUCGCAACAUAGUCAAAUCAACAAAUUCCUCGAGCCCCUCCUUCAGCGUGACUUUAUCAUUGCACUGCAAGUUUUCCAACUCAUAUGUACUUUUGUUGACCUUCUUUACGCUUUAACCGAGGUCACAAAGGCUUCUCGUCUCCUAUAG